CUGUCUCACUGAUAACAGCACUCUCUGUUCUUCCACUCACACAUCACUAGACUGAGAUUUCUUCCUCUUAACGCUAAGAUGCUUAAUGCCGUGAUGGACGCCGUGCAGGGUUUCGGGGUGAGCAGCACCUACUACCUGCAGACCAACUACAAAGAUGCCCAGGGCUUGUUUCUCUGGGUCUCCUGGGCGGCUGAUCUGAGGAACACCUUCUUCAUCUUCUUCCCCCUUUGGUUUCACCUGCGGGCUUCAGUGGGCAUCAAGCUGAUCUGGGUGGCUGUGAUCGGAGACUGGCUUAAUUUAGUGUUCAAAUGGAUUCUGUUUGGAGAGAGGCCGUACUGGUGGGUCCACGAGACAGCCUACUAUGCAAACUCCGUGCCCCCUCACAUCGAGCAGUACCCAAUGACCUGUGAGACUGGACCAGGCAGCCCCUCUGGCCAUGCUAUGGGAGCUGCAGGAGUCUACUACACCCUGGUGACCUCGAUCCUCGCCAUCAUGACCAGCAACAAAUCCACAAACAGUCAGUGGUAUCUGAAGGCUCUUCUGUGGACGCUUUUUUGUGGGGUCCAGGUGUGUGUCUGCCUCUCUAGAGUCUUUAUUGCUGCCCACUUCCCCCACCAGGUCAUCGCCGGUCUUAUCACAGGUAUGAUUGUGGCUGAGGCCUUUAACAGAACUCAGUGGAUCUACAGCGCCAGCAUGAAGAAGUAUUUCUACACGACUCUGUUCCUCACCUCCUUCGCUGUUGGCUUCUAUGUGCUGCUCAAAGCUCUGGGUGUGGACCUGCUGUGGACCAUGGAGAAAGCCCAGAAGUGGUGCAUCAGACCAGAGUGGGUCCACCUGGACACCACGCCCUUUGCCAGCCUCCUGCGCAACAUGGGCACGCUGUUUGGCCUGGGUCUGGGUCUGCACUCUCCCCUCUACACCGAAACCAAAAAGAGCAGCAGCCUGUUGGUCAAAGCAGGAUGCAUCAUCAGCUCUCUGCUCCUGCUGCACCUGUUUGACUCCUUCAAGCCUCCUACACAUACCGCGGCCCUCUUCUACCUGCUGUCCUUCUGCAAGAGUGCCAUUGUGCCACUGGUCACUGUCAGUAUCAUCCCAUACUGUGUGAACCGAUCUCUGAGCCAGCACAACAAAAAGGCAGUGUGAGCACCAACUUCAUAUCACAAAGACUAAUGAAAAGGAAAUCUCUUCCUAUUGAAACACAUUCCUUUGGUGCUUGUUUUAUCCACACUGCCACGUAAUCCUCAGGAAAAGCUUUGAGAUCAACAGGAAAAUGCAUUUUGUGUUAUUUGGACACUGAACCUUGAACAUUGUGUGACACUAAGUGAAAGCACUAUCCAGGCUGCCCAGUGACACUCACAAAGAACUAUUUUGAAUAUGCGACAACACGAUAAUGACGCUUGUCCUGGACGGUCAUUCACGACUUCAGUAUAGUAUUUUAACUGUAUUAGUAAUGUAUUUUUUCAAUGUCAUAGAAAGUAUUUUUGGGACUGUUGAAAUAUUUUUAAAUAAAAAUUUUGUAAAUGUUAAAAAAA